CUCUGGUUCCCAUUAAGUCUGGAUAUGCUUAUGGUCUCUUCGCAGGAGACCAUCCCAGUGUGCAGACGUGGAGCUGUGACAGUGUACGUGAUUGGCUCGGUUUGUGUCUCUGACUGUGUGUGUGUGUAAGGGCUGGGAACCUGCUACUGGUUUUCCAUUCGUGCGCAUAGGCACAGCCAGACGCACGGUCUCUCCGUAGAAACAGGCAGCAGGAAAAAAAAAAACAAACUCUCCACCGACUACUGCUCACAAACCAACAACUGUGACACGGAAGAAGAUAUUGGACUUGAAAUGUACCCACUGAGUCGGUGUGGGCAACAAAUAACACGGAAGAAGCUGCAAUGAAAGGAGAGUAAAGUGUGACAGGAGCUGGACGAAAAUUAACGCACGGAUCUGCGGCGUCUGCACGUGGACGGCGGGCGCUGAGACACGUCGUGAAGAGUGGAUAUCACCGUCUCCUCUUGAACUCUUUUCCACCUCUUCACUCCUGUGCCCACUUCAAAGAUGAACGCCAAAUCAGUCAUCAACAAGGAGGUGUUCAUACCCCACGAUGAAAAGAUGCUGGCUGCUGUGCAGGUGAAGCGCAGGACCAAGAAGAAGAUCCCUUUCCUGGCCACUGGUGGUCAAGGAGACUACAUGACAUUCAUCUGCCUCUCAGUGACAAAUAAGAAACCUUUCCACUUGUCCAUCACUAAGGUGAAGCAAUUUCAAGGGUUGUCCUCCUUUGUUAAACGAUCACAGUGGACUAUUGACCAGCUACGACAGAUCAACGGCAUUGACUCCAUCAAGGACUGCCCAGAGUUCGACCUAUUGUUCGAUAACGCCUUUGACCAGUGGGUUGCAAGCUCGGCUGGAGAGAAGUGCACCUUCAUACAGAUCCUUCACCACACCUGCCAGCGCUACUGCUCAGCACGAAAACCCGAGUUCAUCAACUGUCAGUCUAAACUGCUGGGGGGUAACAGUAUACUUCACUCAGCUGCUGACAGUGUGACCAGUGCUGUACAGAAGGCCAGUCAGGCUCUGAAUGAACGUGGCGAGCGGUUAGGCCGGACCGAGGAGAGGACCGCCGACAUGAUGAACAGCGCAGAGCAGUUUGCCGUCACCGCACACAAGAUCUUCUUGAGCGUCUCUCGUCAGCCUGGCUGCUGGAUCUUCAAUAUCCUUGUCCUGUGAUAUACAGUCUCUCGUGUACAGCAUCCCAGCUUUGUAGCGUUUCCUAAUUAAACUCCAAAUUCCCCAACUGUUACUGGUCGUUCUACCUGUUCAUUUCCAGUCUUGUCAGUCCUGGCCGUUCCUGUAAGAAUCUCCAUCCCUCUUGACACUCAGCUCCAGAUUCUGAACCCAUCUUCACUUCUUCUCUUUCUUUCUUCUGUGCUAUUGGUUGGUCCAAAUAGUUUAAACCUUGAUAUUUACACCCAUUUAUGUAAGACCAGUCCAUUUCCUGAUAUUAUUACCUAGUGUCUGUCCUCUACUGACUUCAUUUUUGCAAAAGAUGCACAUAUAAUUUGGAGUUUUUUUGUUUUGUUUUUUUACUUUUCUGUUCAUUUUCUAUUUUUCUCCUUCAGUCUUCUCUGGUAAAAGUAAAUACUGACCCCAUGUGGUGUAAUUUAGAGACACUACUUCUUUUAUUGUAAUAUAUCAUCUUUAUUAUAUGGAAAAAAAAUAAUUCAAACAUUCUGCAUGCAGUCUGUGCAGCAGGUAAAUGAUAAAUGCUAUUAUCACAGAGACAGAGUUAAUCCUCCUUUUACUGUUUCUUAACAAAAUGACUGCCAUGAGCAAAAUGUGGUUCCUUCUAGGAUAGCUCUUUUAUGCAGUAUCCAAUCAUAAAUCAUUUUAAGUAGCUUUUUUUAUUUUCAUUUUAUGGGUUGACAUCCAAUACAAAUGCUUUCAUAAGAAAAAACGGAAAACAAGACAAUGUUGUCUCCAAAACAUUCUAAAAUACUUGAUUUUUAUACAUGUAUUUUUUUUUCUGGCCACAGUUAUGACCAAAACCAUCCAGAAAUCACAGAGGAUUAAACAUGCUUUCUAAAAUACAUUAUUAUAAUAAUAAGAACCAUUUACUGGUGUGAUUUUUAAGAUUUUGAUAAAUAAUUGAACUGAUUGGAUUUUUACUUGAGUAGCCAAUCAUUUGUUUUCAUAAAAUUCAUGAUACAUUUUGAGACAUCUUUUGAUAGUGUGCCCUAGGAUUUUUUUAUAUCUAAAAUAUGUGUCAUGGCUCAGAAAAGGUUGUGAAACACUUAUCUACAGUACAUUUCUUCCCUCUCUGCCACCUCUGUUACUCUAAGUUUUAUUUAAUAGCGUGGACAAAUGGAGCAGAGCCGUGGUCGUGUGACAGUGCUGAUAUACAUGAUCUAUAGCAUUUAGAGCUGCAGAGGAGGGGAGCGAGUACCUCAUAAAAGCUUCUGUGUAGAACUCUGCUACCAUUACUCACCCUGCCAACUCCUGUGAAUUAUAUCUUGCUCCUAAAAACCCACCUCAUCUUUCAGCUUCCUUCUCCCUUUCUCAGCCAACAGUCGUCUCCUCGGCUCCUUUUUUUCUUCCUCACAUGCAGCUUCUAUGUAUGUCUCUAAACCUGAACAUCCUUUAUUUGUAAGAUUAGGAUCCUGUAUCUGGAAGCAACUGUCUGACUCCAGCAGAUUUUUCGAUGCCGCCAGGGGGUGCUCUUGUACCAGAGCAGAAAACAAAGACCAACACCCUCAGCUUUACUGCUUAGUGGUGUAUUGAUUAGCGGAGCUGGUUAUUAGGCUGUAAUUUUGUUGUAAUGUAAACAUUGAUCGGCAGUUGAAGGCAUGAGUUAAGGGCUGAAUGAACACUGUUCAAUAUCAGUAAUUGGGACAGUGAAUGUUCUGGCAGAGACCCCAAGUUCAGUGGGACAAGCACCAGCAUGCAGCUAAGCUAACAAGCUACAAGCCUACAGGCAAAUGACAGCCAUUAUUGUCAACAAUGUAACAGGAAGUACUGACGUAAACAUAAAAAAUUAAGUCGAAGUAAACAUUUAUUCUUGUUCAUUUGUAUUAAGACGUUCAGUUUGAAAGAAACAGGGACAAUAUUUAAAAUAAUUUACACAAUUUACAACCUGCAGUACAUCAACUGACCUACAGUCCAUGGACUCUGUAACGGACAUUCAGUUUCAAAAAGUUAUUUCACAAGAUUUAUUUUUUCAGUAUUUUCAGAGUAUUUUUUUACUGCCCUGCAUAUCAAUCAAUGCAAAAAUCCUUGCAUCGAUGAUUUGUUCAGCCGGGUGUCACCUUGGGAGCUGCACUGAGAUUUCCACAUGUCCCAUAGUCAACGGAUGUCAUUUUCAAAGAGAUUUGUUUUUUUUUCUAACUGUGUCCCCUGCUGGCCAACAGGCCUCAGGGCGACACUUUUUUAAUCUGUCGGCUCCGUAGCUCCACAGGAGUAAUUACAGCUAACACCCAGUGGUGAGGAGGGUGAAUAUAGUGAGCCUGCUCCUCUGUUUCUCAUUAUCACACACAAAUCUCUGUAGUUUUCCUCAAAGCUAUUACUCAGGAGCAGGGGUGGGGGGGAGUUAGCCUCAAUGUCACAGUAGCAGAAUAUUUCCUCAGGUAUGAUAGGAAGUCCGAGUAAUGUAUGUGGACUGCUGUUUGAACAAAUUCCAUUACCUGAAAGUGUGUUUUUUUAAUACAUGUAGCCUGGAUCAGCUUUACUCUAAUGUAGCCAUGUGUCUUCUAUGAAAUAUGCAGAGCCAUUACUGAUAUCGAAAAUUGCAUGAGAUUGUCAUUUUUUUCUGAACUCAUUCAUGGAGAUAAUGAUUCCAGCCGCUUUAUUAUUCAGUGGUUCCAAGGGGAUAUAUAUAUAUGUAUAUGUAUAUAUAUAUACAGUAUAUACUUGCAGUGGAGGCCGUAUAUGUGCACAUGAUGUUACCCAUAUAAAUAACCCCCAUAAUCCUAAAUGAAGUCUGGAGAGUCAGCUCAGGUCGACUCACUGGAGCUGCCUGCCGUACCUCCCACACGGCACACUCCACAACUCACUGCACCUUCCCCGUAAUAAGGCGCUCCAUUGAAGUUGUCACUUGUCCGCCUACGCCUUUGCUCAGCUAGCUCAGCGGUUAUCCCACCUUCAAAGGCUUACUCUGCUAUUUUCACGAGCUCACGCUCACCUGCAGUCUCUCACGGACGUAGCAGCAGUGUGCUAGUCUUUGUUAGCUUCUGCUUUCCUUUACUGUACAAACGAGAGCUGCGUGUAAAUUGUAAUUAUUCAUUAGAAUUAUGAAAACAUGAAUGUAAGUCAGGUCAGGAGUGGUGAAGCUCAGGAAGUCACCUCAGCGCCUGCACACAGUGACUUGGCAGAUGUGUAGCCAUGCCAAGUGCACAACAGCUGCCUGGCUCUAAAUCGGGCUGCCCAUCCUCCCUGUUCUACCCUCUGCCUUUGAAUUCCUGCGGAGUGCAAUGUCAGCCAUGCUGGAAUCAUCAUUUUUCAUCCUCAUCUGUGUCUUUAUGUGUGUAGCCUUCCCACUCGCUCGUCUCUGCUUGUGUCAUUGCUAUAUUUUCUUCACGUGGAAUUGGGUCAGAAUCAAAGAUGCUACUGUAAACACAUUCAGUGAUCAGAAUAGGAAUGUACCACAUUUAUUCAGCCAUGGAAAAAACAUCACUGGAAAACUGCAUAUUUUUCAGUUGAAAUGUUUGUCUCAGGUGGAAAAUAAUGAUCUCACUAUUAUGACAGUUCCUGCAGGACUGGAACUUUUCUGCUGAUGGUACCAGGGGAGACGACUAUGUUUUAGGAUGAAUAUUUUGCAAAUCUAAAAUAAUCUUGUCAAGCAAUUAGUGAAGCACUGAGGGCAGUGGCUCUGCUGCUGUAAGAAGAAAAGCUGAAGAAAAAACUUUUAAUAAUAUACUGGGCCUUUAAAUUAUUUAAUGGAGGAAUCAUUAUAUUAUUAAUGGGCAAAGGACUAAGGUAUGGUUAACUUUUACAGGUGUCAGUAACAAUUCCCUGUCGUAUGAAUGCAGGUUGAAUACUUAUUUAAGAUUAUAGACUUUUCCAAAAAAAAAAAAAAAA